AUGCUUUGGUGUAAGUCCACCUUUAUCACCCACUUUAGUAAAGAAAAUUGCCGACUAUUCCCUACACAACAACAACUAUUUGAUUAUAUUGAUAUUGCGAAUAAAGAAACAAAAGAAAUAAAAGAAGAAGAAGAGGAAUCGUAUCUAAACAAAUGGUUACCGUUUGGUAUAGAGUUUCCAUCAGAGGAAGAAGUCGUACGGGAAUUAUCCUCACGAUCUCUACGUGCUUCUACUACUAAUAUUAAUACUACUAAUACUAAUAUGAAUAGUGAUAAUAAUAAUAAUAAUAAUAAUAAUAAUAAUAAUAAUAAUAAUAAUAAUAAUAAUAAUAGGAAUUAUCCACAGCGUACUUCUACUAGAUUGUUAUUUCGCAAACGACCACUAUCACUAUCACUAUCAGAAAAAGAAAAAGAAGAAGAAAAAAAAGAUAUACAAGUAAGAAGUGAGAUUCAACGACACGGGCGAGCUGUACGAGAAGAUUACGCUUUAUUAUAUGGAGCCACAUCUCUCUCUAUGCAAACACGUAUGUUUCUCGCCACAACUCGUUUAGGUCUUGUGGAAAUAAUUAAAUCCAUAGAAUCUUCACAAUUACAUUUAUAUGAAAUUAUUCGGGAUGGUAGACCUUGUCAUUUUUAUUUGGAUGUGGAACGGGAAAAGGAUUACUCCGCUUGGCAUCCUGUUGUCGAUAUAACGGAUAUUCCUAGUAGUAGUAGUUCUUCUUCUUCUCUUAAUAAUGAUAGUGAUAAUGAUAGUGAUAAUAAUAAUAAUAAUAAUAAUAAUAAUAAUAAUAAUAAUAAUAAUAAUAACACUGAUAGUGAUAAUAAUAAUAUUAAUAAUAAAGAUAAUAAUAAUAAUAAUAAUAAUAAAGAAAAAGAAAAAGAAGAUAUGUAUUGUAAUAUUUCUGCGGAAUAUACAAAAGCUCUGGAAACGGCCAAAUGGCGUCCAUUAAGAUGUUGUCCAUGGAAUUGUCCUUUACGUGCAGAUAAUCAACAUACACGGGAUAUCUUAUUAACAGAACUACGUUUGUUUCUUUAUACAAACUAUCCAGAGUUCUUUUCUUCUAACGAUAAUAAUAAUAAUAAUAAUAAUAAUAAUAAGAAUACGGAUAAAGGAGAAGAUGAAACGAUAAUAACAAGUGAUAUGGGAUUAGGAAAUGAUGUAGAGGUGAUUGUCCUUUGUUCUAAAAAUCCAUCUCAUAUGAAUAAUAAUAUUAAUAAUAAUAGUAAUAAUAAUAAUAAUAAUAAUAAUAAUAAUAAUAAUGAGAAAUUCUCUCAACAUUAUGUCAUUAAGUUUAAUAAACGAUGGUUUCGCAGUAAUGCCCACGUUGGACGUGUAGUAAAUCACUUUGUGGAUUAUUUAUAUGAACAAGCCAUGCGAUCUCCACAUAUACAUACCGCCCUUUUCUAUCAUGAUCCACCAAAGGAAUUUCCUGUUCUCCCACCCAGUCAAACAACAUUAUCUUCAUUAUCUACAUCAAUAUCAUUAUCUACAUUAACUUCAUCUUCUUCUUUAUGUUGUUUACCGUUUUUACCACUUCGUUGUGUAAUUGAUACUGCUGUGUAUAGUCGAAAUCGGAUGCUGCGUUGUUUUGGUAGUUGUAAACUACAUAAGAAGAGUAUACUUGAGUGGGAAAUCGCAUUUCCCACUUCUUCUUCUUCCAAUAAUAAUAAUAAUACUAAUACUAUUAAUAAUAAUAAUAGUAGUAGUAAUAGUACUAAUAAUAAUAAGGAAAGAGAAAAGUUGGUUCAUUUCUUUUCUUCACUUGUGAGUCUACAACAGGGUCAUCGCAGACUUAUCCAUAUUCCAGUUAAUAAUAUUAAUAUUAAUGGUGAUAGUAAUAAUAAUAAUAAUAAUAAUAAUAAUAAUAAUAAUAAUAAUAAUAUUAGUAGUGGUAUUCGUUCAGGUGUUAUUCUAACAACAUCUACUAAUGAAGAAACAGAGUAUGAAACUAUAUGUGAACCCUCUUCUUCUUCUUCUACAUCUAUUCGCCUUUUAAAUGAUAAAGAAUCUACCAAGUAUACUUCUCUUAUACAAUAUAUUAUACAAGAGUGGAAUAAAGUAAGUAAUAGUAUACAUUGUCAAGUAAAUCGUAUACGAGAAUAUAAUGGUGGACGAUAUAUAUUAUUUUUAAUAGAAGGAUCUAAAUAUUGUGAAAAUAUAAAUCGUGAACAUCGAUCAAAUCAUAUUUAUAUUACAAUAGAUGUACAAGAACAGAUAUGGGUACAGAAGUGUUUUGAUCCGGAUUGUAUACAGUUUAGAAGUAAACCACGGUCUAUACCAACAUCUUUAUUAACAUCCUUAUCACUAUCACUAUCAUCAUCACUAUUGUUGAGAUCAGAAGAA